UUUCGUACCGACGGCCGACCGGUCGGCGAUCCGACAUCCGCGGCCGGCGGCGUGCCCAGAUUUAAGCUUCUUCCUUGCCAGGCAGGAUCUCCGCUCAGCCUCAUCCGCGUUGAUCCUUCAUUUACGUCUCUCGUGAGGUCUUAGUCCGGUACAUCCGCCCGUUCGCCGCCGAUCCGGCCGCUCGAUCGAGGGAUCGAGCAUCGUUCUCUGUUCUGCGGGAGCGCCUGGGCAAACAGAAUAAUUGGGCAGCGACAUGGCUGUGAAGGCCACGGUCUUGGUGCUGAUGGUCACGCUGGUGGUCGUCGCGUCCGCUGGAUUGCUCGAGACCCUGCUGUCGUGGGACUUGCCGGAGGUCGAAGCGAGAUCGACCACGCCGCAGUCCAAGUGCCUUUGCCAGACAUCCGGCUGCCUGUGCUGCGUCGAUCUCAACCUGACCUCUACGAUUGACCUGGGUGGCCCGGCUUGCGUCAACAUUAAGCAGAAGGAGCAGAACGUCUCCUUGAAUCUGAGCUACGGCGACAACCCGAUUCACAAUGCCACGAUAAGGAUCGCGAACGCGGCCAAUAAACCCACAUGCAUGAACCUCUUAUCGGAUUUGGCGCAAAUCUGCGCGAGAUUCGCGUCAGUGAAGCAAUCUGACAUCGGUGGCUACGACGGUUGCAUGGUGAUCGAGCCAGCUUUACUCGGCACACCGCAAGCCACGUAUCACAUGGGAUGCUUCAACUUCUAUCAAGGCGUCCGGCAGGUCGAGGUGUCCGCUAUCACAGAGACGACGGAAUCGGCCGACCCUUCGGACGACGAUGACGACACCUUGAACACCGACGAACUGAUCGCUGCAGUGUCAGCCAGCGCCGAGCACGGUAUCGCGUUGUUCUCGCAGUGGCUGGGUCUCAGCCUGAAUCCGAAACUGAACUUAACCAAAGAGGACAGUCCUCAGGAUCAGCAACAGCGCGCCGACACCAGUGCGUCAGGUUCCUCAAGAUCCGCCCGGAACAUGUUGGACAUCCAAGAGAAGAGUGACGAGCGGUUCAAGCAGUUGCUCAGCGCCCAGGACAACGUGCUGAAGGGUUCAGCAACCAUCGGCCAGUCCAACGGCAUGCAGACCACCUUCGUGUAUUCCAGGCCGAGCGAUCUGAUGGUCGGGAGCAACAACGCGACCGAGGAGGCCAAGAAGAGGCUGGAGACGGAAGCGGCGGUGCCGCAGCACCUGGUGGUGGUGCCGAAGGAGUCCAGGAGAGGCGGCAGGGCGUACAACAUUCACCAGCACGUCAACGAGAUCUGAGAACGAUCGGAUGAUUUGAUGGUCGCGCGGCGACAGACUGCCGGCGAUUCUCUUCCUUAGAGCUUAGGAUGGACCGCACGUAGACUACACUUGUACGUAUUGCACGCGGAGCUGGGCGCUGCUCAAAGGCUGAAAACAACGGCCUCGUUAAUUGUAUUCUCACGAUUACACGCGCACUAACGUCGAGAGUCGGCUGUUGAAUGCCGCGGCCGUCCCGCUUACAUCUGCCCAGCUCCGUCCGUAUGAUCUCUCGCGAUUGUGAUCACGUUUGCUCUCGAUUUCACUCCACCGGUCGAGAUCGUCGCCUCUCUCGCGAUAGUGUAUGUACCGCUAACCCUCCUUUCCUCCUCCCAUUCAAACUCAUCCCUCGAUAAUUAUUCACAGAACAUGCUGACUGAACGUACCUCGGAUUCUACGUUUCGCCGCGAAGUAAUGAGCUUCAUUUGUAGUAGCUGCACUCGGACGAUCCGGUUGUUUUAUUUCCACGAGAGAGGAGAGAUCAAGGUAUCGUCGUGUCUCUCCUGCCGGUAUAUAGAUCGUGACGAUGUCGUCUCGAUGUCGAUAGCGUAAGUAACGAACGCUUCCGAUCGUGCGUAUUUAUUUAUUUUUCUUUCUCGUUUUCGCUGCUGCGGGAGUCGUGUACUAAAUAGAAAAUACAACGAUGGUGUCUCUCGCGCCGCUCGUGUUUACAUACUCGCGGCAACGCGAGUCUUGCACUUGUUCGCGGCAGACCGUACACGUUGUCUAGAGCGUGAUAAAGAUUUUACCGAGACCACUUAUAAACACAUUCGCACAUUCAUAUACACGCUCUCACACGAGCACAGUGUACGGACUUGCCGGCGCAGGUCACCGCAUCGUGAUGUAAUCUUGAUUGAGACAAACUUUUUAUUGUAUUCCGGCGUUUCCUGAUGAAUAUUAGAGUACACGAAGCGAGAUAAGAAUCUAAUGAGGGGUUCCCCUGUCAAUUCAGAACGGCACGCGAUCCUCGUGUGCGAAAUUUUCUCUCGGUACGCUGCCAGGAUAAACUAUGUAAUAUUGCACGUUAUUUAUAUAGCUCGAUACGCAAAGCUGAAUAAAAGUUGUCUAAGGGA